GAGAGAGAGAGAGAGAGAUAAGUAACUGCCAAGAAAGGACAGGCAAGCCCUCCCUCCUUUGCACUUUAAAUCUGCAGAUUUUUUUAUUUUUGUUUCGUGUCUCAGUUUGUCGUGUCUUCAUUGGUUUUCUUUGCUUAUUUUUAGUCACACAGUAAUCCGACAGAAGUGCCAUCAUUAGACUUGAAUAGUCUAACUCAGCUGUGUUUGUUUUCAAGUUCCGUCAAUUCAUUUUGAAAGUCCUGAUUGGCCAACGACAGGUCAUUGCAAAAUUUCCAAGCAUAGUUUAAGAGGUACGGACAGAAGUAAACCAGCAGCCUCACUUCACCAGCAUCUGCUGAAGAACUGGAGUCUGCCAUUCUCACGAGAGGUCAACACAAGCCAGCCACGCGGUUCACCGUGCUCAUUUGUCCAGGCCGGAUUCUGUGGUGUUUCUAGGGUAACGUCCCUGAGGACUCUGCUGUGAUCCAAGGACCCUCGUCUAACCAGUGUGCAGGCCUGCAGCUCUCCUCCUCAGGCUUCAACGCUCUAAGAAUAAUGAAGACCCUGCUUGUGACUCUCCUUCUUGCCAUGCUGUUGAUGAGUGGUUCUGCCCUGAAAUGUAACCGCUGUGUUCCGCGUCCUGGGGGCCGUUGCACUACCACCAUGGAAACCUGCGGCUUUAAGCAAGACGCCUGUGUCUCCGGGAUGUUCACAAAAUACCCCUUUACCCAUUUCAGGAGGUGCAUCAGUCUGUCUGACUGCCUCAUCAUGCAGGCCACCCCUACAAUCAAAGCCCGCUGCUGUCAGACUGAUCGUUGCAACUAGGUCACCGAGAGUGGAUCACGACUGAAAAUGCCAAACAGCAAAUUCAUCAAGAUUCAGUAAUAAAAUCUGAUCUGCUUAUGAUUCAAA